UGUGUUCUUGGAUCGUCAGAAGUGCAUCAAGCACAUGCAGAAAGUACAUUCAGUUAAGAAAAGUCCCACAGAAAUUAACACUAAGAAAUUGAAGCUUGAAAAGUGUGUUGUCAAAGGAAACUUAUUGCAUCGCCCGAAAGGUGAAAGACCACUUCGCCGAAAGGAUGAACGAACACCGAGCAAAACUGAGAACAAAGUAGUCGAUAAAAAGGAGGAAACAUCUCCUGGUAAAGAGGAGGACAAGGCACUCAGCAAAAAACAGGAAAAAAUACCCGAUAAUUUGACGUUCUCAAAGGCAUCUGACAUGAGAGAGAUUGUCUGUGGAGAAUGUGGGAUAGAAAGCAAAGGUUGUUUCGCCUGCCAGCUACAUUGUAACAACAAACAUUCCACAAAGUCUAUCUGUUGCUUUUUCUGUAAAAAGUUUGCAACAGUAUCUGUAAGGCACAUGAUGUAUCAUAUAAUUGAUGUUCACAAGAAAAUGAAUCUGAAAUUUUAUCAUAUACCAAAGACAGACAAACAUAGCAAGAUAGCAUACAAGUUUACCUGCUUGUUUAACAGAAAGAAUGCAAUACUGAACAAAAGCAUUACAACUACAAACCGUCUCUUUGGAUGGCGUGAUGCUCCCAAAAGAUUAAAGAGAAAAGAUAGAAAGAAAUCUGAAAGUGCCCCUUCAGACAAAGAGAAAAAGACCUCGGCUUCAGAAAAACUGUCUAAAGCAUCCUAUUCAGCUAGGAAUAUUGACACAACGGAUCACUACAAAUGUGUAGCAGUAAAGGGAUGUGGAUUUGUUAACCAAAAGUAUGAUGUCAUGCAUGUGCAUAUUCAAAAGCAUCUUAACUACAAACCAUUCAAAUGUGGGAUUUGUGGAAUGCUCUUUCAUAUGGAACAGCAUGUUAAAAUGCACCACACUAGAUUACAUGGUCCAGACCAAAAGGUCAAUUUCACAGUCAAACGCAUUGCUGCCACUGAAGAGAAAAUUGCCAGGUGCCUAAGGACAGGAAAUCCACAUUACUUCGUCAACAAGACUUUUACAGUAGAGGAUUUCAAGAAAGUAAGGAAUGGACCAAAGCGUCUUUACAAAGAAUUUGGUGGGAAACGAACUGUCUUUAAGUGUAUUGAAUGUCCAUUUGAAUCGAAUAAAAAGCAGGAAAUGACCUUUCAUGUGUACAAGCACCUUCCACAGUUCUACAAAUGUCCUUUCUGUAACCACACAGGUUAUCCAAGGUUUUUGGUGAUUGAGCACAUAGCAGAAGUCCAUCCCACAGAAAAUGCUAGCACCCCUGUCAUUAACCUGAUGGAUACAAAUUGGAAGCGUUGGAUGAAGUCAACGUCAGGCCAGAAGAAGGAGCCAAAUUCUGCAUCACAGCCAGAUUCCUCAGACACAGAUGUGUAUUCCGGUGAAGAAGCAAGAGUUCCAUGUAAGAGGCGUAAAUCUGCUAAAGUAUCGGGAAUUCCUGACAACAUCUUGGAAUCGUCAGAUUCAGACAUCGUUCAACCAAGCAAAAAAGCAAAAGUUACAGCAGGUGCAGCAAGGAAAAGGGAUAGAAUUCCAUCAGAUUCUGAGGAGGAAGACGAAAAUGUUUCUAGAAGGAAAUGUCUGAAACGAAAGAUGUCAACUUCAUCUAAGAAAGCAUCACUUACCUCCUCUUCAGAUAGCGAUGAGGAAGAGGAUGACGAGAGUGAAGAAGAUAUAGAAGAUUCAAAUUCUGUACAAGACACCGAUGAAAAAUAUAAGGAAGAGGAUGAUGAGGAGGGUGUUGCGACUCCUCCACGGAGAAAGCGACAUCAAAUUUUAUCUGAUUGCACAGAUUAUGGGCCAACACAUUACUUCUGCCAUCAGUGUCCUUUCCAUACGGAAGAUCUUGAAAUCUAUUGUCGCCACCUUGUUACACAUGGUGGAUUUAAUCAGCUGUGUCCUCGUCUGCUUCCAAAGGAUCUUCAGAAACCAGUGGAGGAGGAGCUAGGGAGAUUCAUGGAGGGGACGUCGAAGAAGAAAGGAUCAGCUUUCCUUUGUGCGUACUGUAAUUAUAUGGCUGAGACAUCAUUCCGCGUUAAGCAACAUAUCCAGAUAAAUCACCCUGACAAUUACACUGACUACAUGGAAAUCCAUACUAAAUAUGACACAACAAAUGUCAUGUUGGUGGCCAUGCAGCCUUCCAUUGUUAUGACAGACAUCUGUAAAAUGGACCUGAUCGACUUAGCCUUGAUGUUGAAACAUGAGGGGGUAACUAUGAACAGUACCAAAAAUCAUCCAUGUGAAAAGGAAAAAUCUGACAACACUCGUCCAGGCAGUGCUGGUGAAAAGAAAAGGAAAAAGUUCAGCAUUAUGAGUCCAUCAAAAUAUUACAAGAAAACUAUUUCACAUACAGAUGUACGACAGGCAGAUAGGUUCUCGGAUGAGAAGGUUGAUGAGAAGAUAAGGACAGAAGAUAGCCAGACUAACAAGGGAGGUGACUGUGUGGAGUCGCGGGAUGGUGGUUCUGAAUCCACACCGAACCUUUUCAAUGCUCUUGUAAAAUUAACACAAGAAGACAAAAACGUGACUGAAGGAUUUGAAAAUGUUAUUGCUGAAUAUCUUUCAGCUGAAGAUAAAAACAAAUCUUUAACUGCCAAGGCAGUUAAUGUGUGCAAUAAUAGUCAACUUGAUUGUGUCCGUUCAUCAGGUACUGGUGUGAACUCUUCAAAAACUGGAACCACCUCAUCACUUGGAAGAGGUGAACCCAAAAACACUCUCACUUCAUCAGCAAUGCCAGAAAACUGUCAUGAAGAUUUUGAAAUUGAAAAGAAUUCCCCAAACAAUGAAAGAAGUACUUUAAAUUUUCAAGAAAUGUCCUUUGAAACCAAAGCAAUGUCCAAUCCAGCAGAAAAUCUUGCGGACCAAACGUGUGAAGAAGUCAAAAACAUGGUUCCAGCAAAUGUUGGAGUGACCACGGUAAGCAGUACAACUGACCAUGUGGACACCUCAGACUGGUCUGUCUACUCUGAUGUCUCGGAUUGUAGUGAUUCCAUUCUUUCAAAGGACGAUAAUUUGUGUGAGGAAAUACCAGCAGUCACAGAGAGGGCCAGCAUAUCAUUUUCUACUCUGAAUCAAUCAUGUUGUUCUCCCUGUAGUUCUGGCUGUGUAGAGGGAGAACAUUCAGGAAAACAGAAAGCAUUACCAUCAGCGACGUCUACAACAAAGAAGGGAGGUAACUCCUUACCAUCAGAGAUUACUGGUGACAAUGUGAUGUCUAGUAUCGAUAGUAUGUUGGAUAGUUUGUCCGACAUUAAACACAAACAUGUUAUGAACUCUCCAGUCAAACAUUCAUCUAACCAGAAAAGAACCCACAGCAGUGACAUUUUGUCAUCUCCCCUUGUUAACUCCACAAACCAGCACAAAUCCAAGGACUCCAACAAUACCACAAAGAGCCUCGAAUCCAAGGACGCGGACAUUAUCAUCAACAGGCCUGAUUCCCAAGACUCUGACAAUGAGUCAUGUCACUCUAUUGGAUUUGAGGUGAACACUGACUCACAGGAACUGUAAUGUAGUAUAAACUGUUAGUAUUAAUUCACAUUGGACGAGUUAUUGAUAUGGUACAGUAAAUUAAACAGGACAGUAGGGAAGUGAUAUGUUCACUGUGGAAAUAUUUAUUUUGAUAUUUGUGCAAAUGAAAACAAAAUAAUGUUUAAAGA